GUGAGGCGAGGUAAGAGAAAAGUAGGGAUUAUUCUCAACACAUCUUCAAGAUGUGGCACAAAACAUCUACCGUGAGCAAAGACAAGGUUCCCCUCGCUGUACUGACACAGGAGCGCAUCGACAGCCUGACACGUGACAAGAAGCAGGUGCUCGGGGAGGGGGCGUCGUGCAGGGUACUCCUGGUGGAGGUGGACGGUGACCCCUGCUGCCUCAAGGUGGCCAAAGAAAGGCGUCUCAAGUCAAUGUUCCAGAAGGAGUUUGACAUCCUCCUGGAGCUGAAUGGAGCCGCCGGUGCUCCCAUCGCACUGGGCACCAGCUUCGGCUUCCCCGCAUUGUUAACAUCUUUCUGCGGUAAAAACACCUUUUGCGAGUUGCCCCGAGUCGCAUCCGGAGACAAGAGAAGUUCUCCGCGUUUCUAUUCUUGGUGAAGGACGUGCAGCAGCUGCACACCUUUCGUUACACCCACAACGACAUCAAAGAAAAUAAUGUCGUGGUGCGUCGGAACGCUGACGGCAGCCUGCAGGUUUCCCUCAUUGACUAUGGGUUGGCGAAACCUUUCGGCACCAAACUAAAAUAUGCGGGUAAAGAUCGCCACAACCCUUCACGCUACCCUUGGAUGGUGCCAGAGCUGAAGAGUGGCGGGGCAUGCCAGCCUCCUGUGGACGUGUAUUCUCUGGGCUUCGUGCUCAAGAACCUCUUGGCCACGUGCGAGGCGCGGUACCCGUCCCUGGAAGUGCUGGCCGCCACUGCCAUGGUUUCUAACCCUGCAGACCGGCCCUCAGUGGACAAAAUGGCCAAGAGUGUGCGGCAGUACACUGUCCAAGACAAGAAGACCAAAAAGUCCUUUUUCGAAAAAAUUCUCCGUUAAUUUUCCUUUUGCAAGUGAAUAAAGAUGCCUUUAUUAGAAUAACUCAAAGAAAAUGUA